UUGUUGUGGACAUAUCGAUGGAAUUAUUUGCACGCGUGUUAAAUCCCUUCACUUAAACGUUUGUUAAAAGAAGAAUAUAUAAAUGUCGUUACAGAUAAUUGGAGCAUUCCCACUGCUACGCUCCGCUUCAGUGAAAUUGUGGAAAAGUCAAUCCCAUUAUUUGAAAUCGAAAGCCAAAUAUUGUAUUAGCGGCAGCAUAUUAAAUUUUGCCAACAAAGCUCCAUUUAGUAUCCAAAACAACAUUGUAAAUUCGAUUAACAAUAUUAGUAUAAAACCUGACACAACUACACUUAAUUCAAAAGACUCGGCUGCAAAUUCUAAUUGGGGCACGAAGAAAAGCAAACGAAAAGUAAGGUUACGCUUUACAGACAUGAGUAAUCCAGAGAUAGAAGCAAAAUUAGCACCAUUGCGUGCUGCUGUGCUGGAGCAAGGAAAUUUGGUUCGGGAACUAAAAGUGAAAGGCGCGUCUGAGAUAGACGUAAAACGGGCAGUGGCUGAAUUAAAAGCCCGUAAAAAGAUAUUGGAGGACCGUGAGCUAGAACUAACUCCAAGUGUCGUAACAUUCGAUCGAUCGAAAAUGGAAGAUUUGCUAAAACGUCGUUUCUUUUAUGAUCAAAGUUUUGCAAUUUACGGUGGUAUAACAGGCCAAUAUGACUUUGGUCCAAUGGGUUGUGCAUUGAAGUCAAACAUCCUCUCUCUGUGGCGUCAAUUUUUCGUAUUGGAAGAGCAAAUGCUUGAAGUAGAUUGCUCAAUAUUAACACCAGAACCAGUACUAAAAGCUUCUGGACAUGUCGAUCGAUUUGCGGAUUUGAUGGUGAAAGAUGUCAAAACUGGUGAGUGUUUUCGGCUUGAUCAUUUGAUAAAGAAUGCUUUGGAAAAAUUAUCAAAGGAGAAAACUGCAACACAAGAAGUAAAAGUCGAAUGUGAAGACAUUGUUAUUAAACUUGAUGGCAUGAAUAAGCAAGAGAUGUCUGAUGUACUUGCAAAGUAUAGCAUAAAGUCACCUUUAACUGGUAAUGAUUUGACUGAACCGAUUGAAUUUAACUUAAUGUUCGCUACUCAAAUUGGGCCUACUGGUUUAGUAAAAGGCUUCUUACGACCAGAAACAGCGCAAGGUAUUUUCGUAAAUUUCAAGCGAUUACUUGAAUUUAACCAAGGAAAAUUGCCUUUCGCCGUGGCUCAAAUUGGUAAUUCAUUCCGCAACGAAAUCUCUCCCCGCUCUGGACUUAUUCGUGUUCGAGAAUUUACAAUGGCGGAGAUUGAACAUUUUUGUGAUCCAUCUCAUAAAAAUCAUCCAAAAUUUGAAAGUAUUGCCGAUACUCGUUUGACACUUUAUUCGGCAUGCAAUCAAAUGGAUGGCAAAUCAGCUCAACAAAUAUCAAUUGGGGAAGCUGUAAGAAACAAUUUGGUCGCAAAUGAAACACUAGGUUACUACAUGACAAGAAUUCACCAAUUCCUUAUGGCAAUAGGUAUAAAACCAGAAUGUCUUCGUUUCCGUCAGCAUAUGAACAAUGAAAUGGCCCAUUAUGCUUGUGACUGUUGGGAUGCAGAAUGCCUUACCAGCUAUGGCUGGGUAGAAUGCGUUGGCUGUGCUGAUAGGUCCGCUUAUGACUUAGGUCAGCACACUCAAGCUACUGGGGUAAAACUGGUGGCUGAAAAGCGUUUACCUGAACCGAAAACCAUUGAAAUCGCCGAAAUCGUACCAAACAAACAAACUUUGGGAAAAACUUUUAAAAAAGAUGCAAAAUCAAUUACAGAUGCAUUAUCGAAGCUUUCCUUGAGUGAUGUGAAUGAAGUAGAACAAAAUUUGAAAGAUAAAGAAGAAUACGUCCUCUCUCUACAUAAUGGUAGUGAAUUCAAAUUGACUCCUGAUACUAUAUCCGUCAAGCACAGCACUAAAACGGUUCACGUAGAGGAAAUUACACCAAGUGUCAUUGAGCCAUCUUUCGGAAUAGGUCGUAUUAUGUACGCAUUGCUUGAACAGAAUUUCCAAUGUCGUGAAGGUGAUGAACAGCGUUGUUACUUCACACUACCAUCUGUGGUUGCACCAUUAAAAUGCUCAAUAUUGCCAUUGUCAAAUAACACCGAAUUUAAUCCAUUCAUCCGUCAGUUGUCCUUUGCGCUAACCAAGGCAGAGCUUUCACAUAAAGUCGAUGACUCAAGCGGAUCUAUUGGUCGUCGCUACGCGCGAACUGAUGAAAUUGCCAUACCAUUUGGCAUUACCAUUGACUUUGAUACACUAAAGGAACCACAUAGUGUAACUUUAAGAGAUCGCGAUUCUCUUAAACAGGUGCGAAUUGGCAUCAAUGAAGUUACAGAAGUGGUUAAGGACCUGUGUACUGGAAAAGUGCAUUGGUCUCAAGUUAUGGAAAAAUACCCCAUAUUUGAACAGCAGGAAGCUACUAAGUGAAAAAGUGCAUUUCAAAUAUAAUUAUGUAAACAUUUAUAAAAUUUUCGAUUUUUGUAAUUUUAGAAUCUUUCGUUAUAACGGUAUUUAAAUCAAGCUAAAACAUAAACAAAAA